AUGACAGGCAAAAUUAUGGACGAAGGCAUUGCGUCAGUAGGGGGUCGCAACUUCCAGGUGCGAAUGCUGGCCGAGCCCGACGUCUUCACGAAGGACUCGGCCGAUCAGUUCUCGAUCCCAGACUUCUUGGCGGGUGUCUGUCGCCCUUUGGAUACUAAGGACGUCAAAUCUGCAUCCGUCAUCGUCGAUGCCCACGUAGGCAUUACGGAAUGCGGCAGCGCCAACACCAUUGGAAACCAUGUUGCGAUAGGCGAUUUAGGCCAACUACCUCUUCCCCUCCGAUUUCCCACCAUCCCGCCGGAAACGAGCAAAGUCGACAUCAUCAUCCAGAACAUGAGUGACGGCUGCUGGAAUGUGAUCAAAGUCAUAUACCUUGAAAAGUCCAUUUCCUCGGCUGCAGCUUUGUCCAUGUGCAGCGGGAAACCCUUCGUGCCGGUGUUCCGCAACGGGCCUCAUGCUAUAAAGAAGGCUUUCCAGUGGGCGUUGGCAAGGGUGCGUGGACAUCAUGUGCACUGGCACAAACUAGAAGACAAGUCGCAGGACACCUUGCACAAAUCAUCAUCCAACCUGUGGUCGCCGGAGAAUGACGAGCUUGCUGAGGGCAUUCGCUACAUCAACACCUUCGCUCCUGACUGCGACGCUCUCAAUCAGCAGACAUACUGGAUCUUGACCAACAUCAAGCCAGACUCCGGUACCCCCUUGGCAGGUUGGCCAGAAAUCAAAGUCAGGAGCAUGUGCCAAAACAAGUCCCGUGGUGUUUCCGGGUCCGUUCCCAUGACUGAGUUCCCGCUGACGACUUCCAGCCUUAACGUCACCUUCGCGGAGCACAUUCUGCCACUGGUAUACCCCCUCCUCUUGAGCGCGGCCAUCAUCAUGGUCGGGAAUCCAGGAGUCGGCAAGACGCCGGCCAUCAUCGCCAUGGCCAUGGCCAUCGGACGCUACCACGUCCGACGCCUGGGUCUACACGGAGCAAAGCCUGGCUGGAGACGAGGGAAAUCUCUUGACAACUUUAGGCAGAGAUCGCCUCAGAUCCAGGAAGCACUUUUCUUGGACGACCCUUCAGGGCGACGCCUGGACAUGGCCGACCUGAAGUCUUUUGUCACGACCGAUGAAGACGGCACUGUAAGCGGCCGCUACAACGACGCUCGCCUGACGCGCAAUCAAUUCAGGGCUCUGGCCUCCAACGACACAGGCGAUGAACCUGCAGGCGUUCUACCAGCAGACACGACUCUCGACCCCGAGGCCUUCAUCAAACUCCUUGGUCCUCUUUUUGCCGACGCCCAUAAGAAGGACAUACUUGCAGUUCUGAAGAGAUGCACUACAUUCGCGUUCACAGAUUCUGCCUUGUAUCUCCGCCUGCCCUCUGAACGCCCGGAUGCUAUAGUCCACCGAAUCAGCAAGGGCGACAUCCAGAAGGAUCUGCUGGCCGAGAAAGACAAGCCCCACUACAACACUUACAAGAAUGGCUUGACAGUCUACACCGCCACUUAUGCAGCUGAAGUGGAGCGAGAGCAGGCCAUGAUCGACGAGCGUGCAGAUUACAUGGCUAGCUUCCCCAAUGUCAAGAACUACAUCCAGGAUUGCAACAACACCCUGCAGACAUGGCUUCGCCCUGUUCGCGUUCUUCCAGACUCGCCUGAAUCGCCUCAGCAGACUGGGGAACAAGCAGCAGGUGACCUUCGCCUCUCACUGUACAUUGGCACCGGACCCAAACCUAAUCGGGUGGACCGCGCCUCGUUCAACAUUCCAAAUCCCUCUGCAAGCAAAGCUCGCAGAAUCCGUGGUAAGUCUCCCGUUCCCGAGACCGCCUCCGCUUCGUCAGCGCCCUUGUGUCCGGAUGAACAGGAGACACUCGUGCGAGCAAUGGAUCCGGACGAAGAGGCCGCCCUUGCCAUGCAUGACCAGUGA